GACAUACUCUAUUUAUUAUGAAAAGAUAUUCUAUUUUAUGCUGAAGAUGAUAAAUUUUUUAGUAUUCGAAAUGUACGCCAUAUGAACUCUCAUGUUUCACAUACUAAAAUUUUUUUAGUUAUCAACUGUCAAAUUUUAGCGGCAUUUUCUUAUUUUUUUGCUGAUUGGAUUAUAAUUGAUUGUUAAUAUGGCAUCUUUUAAAUCAAUUUGCGAGAAAUACUUCGGCUCUAGUGAUUUCUAUGAAAUAUUACAAAUUAACCAUGAUGCAUCUGAAAAAGAAAUUAAAAAAGCCUAUCACAGAAUGUCUCUUCUUGUUCAUCCAGACAGAGUAAGCAGUGAUCAAAAAGAAAUUGCGACUGAAAAAUUCAAAAUUUUGAGUAAAAUUCAUUCCAUUUUACAAAUCAAAGAAAAGCGUAAAUUGUAUGAUAAUUAUGGGGAGUUUGAUGAUGAAAUGGACACAUCAUCUAACUGGCUGAACUAUUGGCGAAAUAUGUUCAAAAAAAUAGAAUUAAAAGAUAUACAAGAGUAUGAAAAAAAGUAUGUGGGUUCAGAGAAUGAGCUCAGAGAUAUAAAAAAGGCAUACGUAGGAAGUAGAGGAAACAUGGAUACUAUUUUAGAGAUGUUACCUUUCAGUGACUGUGACAGUGAACCUAGAAUCAUAGAAAUUGUUCAAAAAAUGGUGGACAAUGGGGAAGUUGAAAGAUAUAAUACAUUCUUUAAUGAAAGUAAACAGAGGAAGUUAAGAAGACGGAGAAAAUGGGAGUUAGAAAGAAGAGAAGCUGAAAAAAUUAACAUGGCCGAAAUAGAAAAAGAAAUUGAAAAAAAUGCUAGAGAAAGGGAAGCAAACUUUGCAUCAUUCAUGUCAGGUUUGGAAGCUAAAUACGCACCUAAAGCAAAACAGAGAAAAAACUUACCAGAUGGUACUGGAACCAGCAAGAAAAGAAAAACAUAGUAAUUCAGUUAUCUCUAUUGAAUAUUAACAUAUAUGUGUUGUUUAUUUUCUAGAUUAUCUGUAACCAUUUUUCAAUUAUUUCUAAAAAUUUACUUAAUACAUUCAAAACAUUUGUUGGUUGUAACAUUAUUAAAUAUUGUAGUAAAAUG